AUGAGACGUCCGCAACAUCGCGUGCACGGCUACUGUAAACAGUUGUCCGUAUAACGAUCCAGAGCACUUUUCAAAAUUGAAGGCGGGAAAGUAAAAUUGCGUUUUUCUUCAAAAGUAGUCACAUCUGUAAUUUUUUUGAGUACACCGUUCGAUUCGCAAAGAAAAACUGUACAGGAUACUGAUGUCAACUGAAACCCCGUUUUUUACUGCCCCUAUGCCUUUAGGGAUUCUAUGUGUUCUAUUUCUGAAUAUUUCCGAGCCCUUCGUAGAAAUAUGUUCUCAGAUUGUCUUUGGACGAUCAGAACGUGUUGAAAAAAGCCGUGGACUUGUCUUUGAAGUGGUACGACGUCAAAGUGCAGCGCGAUCCCGAUGGACUAAUUUUCAAACAAAUGUCUCCUAAUGAAGGUCUUCCUAAUAAUGUAUGGAUAUUUGAGAAAGUACAAAGGAGUUUAUUACAAGGCGAUUUGUAAUCACGAAGAGGUUUUCGUACCAUCUCCUGAUUUUUUCGAGGCAAGGUUUUUUUUUCCUUUUGAAGAAAUGCUGAAUUUUCAGUGCCUAGAUGAGAUCGACUGUGUUGAGAAGCCAAUAAUGGUCUGAUCUAGUUUUUUCGGAUUUUUUGAAGGAACUUUAAGGUUGAUUAUGUUUGGCUGAUCAAAAUUAAAAGUCAGGAUUAUAAUAUCCUUGCCAGCGCCGGUCCAUGCACUGCAGAUCGCAAUAGUUUACGGUUUUCCGAUUUUCGCCCCCGUUCUUGUUAAGAAUUCUUUUAAGACCGACAUCUGGGAGGAUGUUCCUUUCGAAGAGCGUUAUCAGAGAAGCCACAGAAGAAAUUCAUCGAGGAGUGGGAAAACAAAAAAAAAGAUCGGGAAAAGUUGUUCUGAACAGGGAUUGGAACGUCUGAUGGACACGAUACGGCACGAAAUUGCUCAUGGGCUCUUUUUGCUUGGAGACCUUGUGGAUUUGUAUCCAAACUCUAAGUGAGGUCUCUUCCGGAUUAUCUGAGGAUCCCAGCAUUCCAGACUACACGUCAUCAAAUCGACCCGUUUCACUGUUUAUCCAGAAAUCAUCAAUGAAUCGACGAAAGAGGACGAGCAUUUCAUUGGUUAUUCGUUCCCGAAAGCUUUAGAGAAAGCUCGAGAUUAUUUCGAAUGUCCUGACCUGAAAUAUGUCGAAAUGGAAAACCGGGGAAACGGAGAUCACUUUGAAACGGACUUCCUGCCGGUAUGAAAGUUAUAGUCGAUGUGCCACAAGUUGAAAUUUCAUGGAACAACACUCCGCUGUUUCGAUUUUGUGCGGUAGCGCGCAUCUUGCGAAUUUGCCAACUUCGGCCAUGCUAAUUUUUUUUUGGUUUUCAUUCUAAUUUCGAUCGUUUUUUUAUUGUUUUAUUUCUUUAAAAUGUAAUAUUAUCGUUGAAAAAGGAUUGCGUUGUACAAAUGUAAAAGAAAGAACACAGUAAAUUUCAUGAUGUUUCUCGAAAAAAGCGAUUUAAAAAAAGUUUGAAAAACUUCAUGUAUUCUUCAAUCGCUUUAAUAUUGUUUUUUUCUCGUUUCUCAAAAAAAGUUUUUCAAAGACUUACCAAAAAGGAUUUGCGGGUGAAAUAGGCCGUAAACGCCACAAUAUUCUACAAUAGUUUCUGUGUUUUUUUAAAGCCAUGUUUUAAUGUUUUCAUCGUUUUUCUGUUUGCAGUCGUUAAUUGUUUUUUUCAGAAAGUGAGCGCCUUAUAAAAUGAAGAUGCGUACUUCCAUGAGCACAUGCACCAUAAUUUGAAGAAAGGUUUUCGUUCCUUUUUUUAAAUGGCCAUUCCAUAUGGAGCUUUAGAUAAAUCGUAUUGCUGAACUAUGCGUCAGAAAUGGGGCGUGAACAGGGAGCACUUGGAACAGUGGAAACGAUGUGCUGAACGAAAUGUCCAGCAAACUAAUAAUUUUUCCUUUGAACUUAUGUAUCUGUUUUUGAAUAAAAAAAUUCGUCAAUGUAGAAACAUUCAUUUUUUUUUUUAAAUCAUUCACUGUGUAUUUUAUUUCUGAUUGGGAUAUUUUUUUACAUGAUUUGAAAUGAAAAAAAGAAAUGUCGAUAAAGGCUCAAUGAAGGUAAAAUAACGGAAUAUAUUGAACAAAAACCAAAGACCAUCUCAUGAAAAAAACUUUCAAAUAUUAUAAACGCAUUUUUUUCACUUAAAAAUUCGCAAAUUACUCUACUUUAUUUUUUUGUCAAUGAAACAGUCUAUCCACUAGAAAAAGAUAAUUAUGAGUUUGGCACGAAGAAAAAUAUUAAAAACAUGAUUAAAAAUAAUGAAAAAUUUCGAAUAAAAAAAUGGAAAGCGCGACCGAAAUUCGCAAAGGCAAGGCGCUUUCACGGCCACGGCCACCCAACGGAGAGUCGUUCCAUGAAAUUUCAAGUCGUGGCACAUCGACUACAUUUCUGUGAUGAUCUGAAAGUCGAUGAAAACUGAGUUUGGAAAUCCGAGGGGGAUCGGACCACGAUCAGUUCAUAUCAAAAUUUACAUAACAAAAUUUCGAGACAAUAAGUCCGAAAAGUAGCAAAAUUUUGACCGCGUUGCAACACUAUGGCCAGUAUAGUCCAGCACAGAGUUCUGAUUUUCGGGGUUUUGAUGCGGUCUUGUAGAGUUUUUCUUGUGUCAAACGGUCGACUUGAUUUUUUCAAGACUUCUUGUUUCUAGAGAAAAAUCGAUAGUUUGAGAUUUUUUGUAGAUCCCAAAGUUUUUUACUGUGUUCGAAAAAAAAAAGGAAAAUGUCAAUUUUUUGCCAUGGCUUUGUUCUGAAUAGUGAAGAUGGCUUGGAUUUUUUUUGAAACUAAUAAGCUCAUAAUGUUAGUCCCGUUUUCAUAGCUCAGUGCUUUUUUAACAUUAUGAUUAGAAAUUUUUCAAAUUUACCAUGAAUAGAAAGCUUUUGUGGCGAAAAGAGCUUUGGCGACAGAAGAAAAAAAAAUCAAAAUUGAAAGAAACGAAAAAAAAAGGCGAAAAUUCGAAAAAUGGCGAUACGUGUUGUCCAUAGAGCAACUUUACUUCAAAACCCCCUUUUCGGCGGGAACUCAAACUUUCCACCCUCCGACUUUGAAUAAUUUUUUCUUCAAAACUAGGAACCUCUGUCCGUUUCCAAGUUUACCGUUCGAUUCGCAAUGAAAAACUCUACAAAGUACUGCUUUGAACUGAAACACCGUUUUUUACUGCCCCUAUGCCUUCAAAGUUUUUUUAACCCCCAAUUUUAAUGUGAAAAGCCAAUUUUCUUCAGUACGAGUUCAUGAGAUCGUUUGGCGAUCGGGAUAUGCAGUUCUUUUCGGCCAUAACCUAUGGUUUGAUGGAAGAUUCGGGCUGGUUUAAAGUCGACUACUCGUCAGUCUUUUUUCCGCCUUUUUCUCUUAUAUUCAUCCUCAGAAUGGCUGAGACGAUGCCUCCGGUCAAUAGCGGCAAAAAUCCUUGCAAUUUCGCCAAAUCUUGCGAAUUUGGAGACUAUUCAGAAACGAGGCAAUUUGAAAUGAGGAAAAUAAGAAAAAAAUAAGAAGAAUUUCAGUGAUUUUUACACAAAAUGCCACCCCGGACGGAAGUCGCAUUAUGUUGACCUUCUGGAUGUCUCUCCGAGAGGCCGUUGCGAAAUUCCCCAAGUACUAUUUUUUUGAAGUAGAAGUGAUAGUUGAUCCACAAUUGGCUUGAUCCAAAGAACGGAGGUUUUAAGAAACAUUUAAAAAUAUGAACAUAUAGUUUUUAUUCUAAAAAGUAUCCAGGUUUUUCAAUAUUUGAAUUUUUUUGGAGAGUUUAACUAAAAAAAUUAAGGUUUUUUUGCUCAGUUCUUGGGAACUUUCUGAACUAUUCAUAGAAUAAUCUUCAACGUACCGAAAGGAGAUUCUGAAAGUCUGAACCUCCACUUUUCCAUUUUUUGAAAAAAUCCUGUUUUCGACAGAUUUUUCUUGUCUGCGCCCUUUUUUCACUCACGCUAUUCAUUUGUCUAUGAGAGAAACGAGAGCGCAGACUGUGGAGAGAAAUUAUAAUUUUUUUUUCCAGAUCAUCUCCUGCGGCCUUGCUUCCCAACAGUCGGUAGGUUUUAAACCUAGUCAAUUUGGCGAAAAAUUCUGUCUUCCCUGCACCCUCGUAUCGUUAUCAUGACCUUUUCGACGAGGGAAAAGAGAGCGCAGACAUGGCAGACUGUUUCAAGUCGUCGCGAAUGAACUUUUUUUUUCUAGAGUUGGCGAUGUUUGGAGCAUGCCGGGCCUUACAUUUUCAAGUCGUACUCCUCAAAAGUACCAACAACGGAGACUUUGCACAGCCCACAAUGUUACCAGGUUGAUGAUGACUGGCUGUGAAGUUACAAGUACGAUUUGCAGAUAAAAUGCAACCUGGGACAGGUUCAAUUCGUCUCCAACGACGUGACUUACACUUGUGAGAAGCCCGGUCAAAGAAUUUACCUCUACGAAGUUUUCUCUUCCCUUUUUCAAUUCAACUCAUAUUGUUACAGUCUUACGGGUUGGGUAACCAUUUCUACAAUUUUUACGCCCGAAGCUCCCAAGGAGCAUUGAACUACAGGAAAGUAAGAGAAUGAUAAUUAUCUACAUCCCUUUUUUCAAAUCAAUUUUGUAACUUCUUCUUCUACUUCCUACGCCUUCGUACCGCUUGAGCGGCGUCGGCGCCCCAAGCCGAUUAGCCGGGGUCCUAUCCUGAUAAUCAGUGGACUGGCUAUAUCCGUCUUUGUGUGUGACGGCUGGGGAUAUAUGAAGCCGUGGUUUCCCACUACCAAUAUUUCUUAAAUCCCUUGGUUGGGUGGGGGCCGGAUCGAACUUGUGACCCUGUGGACCGUAGACAGGCACACUACCUGUUGCGUUACAGCGCGCCAUUUUAAAUCAACUUUGUAACGAUCUACAGAAGCGCGCGGACAUGUGCCAGAUUCCCGCUGUAUUAAAGGCGCAUGCACAGAAAUAGGCCGAGCGCAUCGAAGCGAAGCUUCCCGGAAAGGCUCGUAGGAUAAUUAAAAUCGCGACAAGCUGGCGCGGGAUGGACUAUAUCUCAUUUUGAAUUUCGCGAAAUUUACUUUGAGCACGGCAUUUGCGAGAGCGCCGCAGUGCAUGCACACUACACACUACACUUUACGAAAUAAAAUAUGGGCAUCUUCAAAAAAACGCCGUGAAUCAUUCUCCAAGAAGAUUGCAAUUUAAGAAGUACAAGGACUAUAUCAUCGAACGGACCGUGAUUUGUCCUGAAUUUUGCGAAGUUUGUGCUGAACAAGAACCUGAAACGUGCGUCCACAUCCCGACCUUCAACAUGCUCCUCUCGUCUUCUUUUCCUCUUCUCAGUUCCAAUUACUUCAUCUUUGUUUCGUUUUUCUCAUUAAAUGUUUAG